AUGUUCCCUGGAGUAUUCCUAACCAUCACACUUGGAUUGAUCACAAUUUUCACAAGUUACCUGGUGGGACAAGUCAAGUUAGCCUAUCCACAGGUCUCACACUAUGCCGACGCCGGAAGACUUUUGUUCGGACGGUUUGGGUAUGAACUAUUUGGCGCUGCCAUGGUUCUCGAGCUUGUCAUGUCAGUGGGCUCUCACGCCCUGACUGGAAGCAUUGCUCUCGGCACCCUUAACGGAAAUCACGUCUGCUCCAUAGUGUUUUCUGCUGUGUCAGCGGUCAUCCUAUUCAUUCUGGCCAUACCACCUUCAUUUACUGAGAUAGCUGUGCUCGGUUACAUCGACUUUGCAUCAAUCAUCAUUGCCAUUGGAAUUACCAUCAUCGCUACAGGCGUCAAGGCUCGAAAUGCUCCCGGCGGCCUUUCUGGCGUGGAGUGGUCAACUUGGCCUCAGGAGGGGACCACUUUCUCUGAGGCGUUUGUGGCAGUAAGCAAUAUCAUUUUUGCUUUCAGCUUUGCGAUUGGCCAAUUUUCUUUCAUGGACGAGAUGCACACUCCAACAGACUACAUGAAGUCUAUCUGGGCUUCAGGUAUCGCUCAGAUUACUAUCUAUACUUUGACUGGAGCGCUUUGCUAUGCGUUUAUUGGCCCGUCAAUUCAGGCUCCCGCUUUGUUGUCUUCUGGUGAACUCAUAUCCAAGAUCACUUUCGGCAUCGCUAUACCUGUCAUCUUUAUCUCUGGAUCUAUCAAUUCGACAGUGGCACUUCGCUAUAUACAUGGCCGUUUGUGGAAGAAAUCCAUUAUUCAAUAUGUCAAUACCCCCAGGGGCUGGGCCGUCUGGAUUGUGCAGGCUGCAAUCUUUACCAUUAUUGCCUGGGUUAUUGCUGAGGCGAUUCCCAUCUUCUCCGAUCUUCUUUCCCUCGUUUCCGCAUUGUUUGUAACCGGAUUUUCUUAUUGGAUUCCCGCCAUCAUGUGGUUCUGCUUGCUUUGCAAGAAGGGCGAUUGGUUUUCAGGAAAGAAUAUUCUCAUUUCUUUUGGAAGUAUACUGGCCUUUAUUAUUGGAGUAGUGGCUUUAGUUGCUGGUACUUAUGCCACUAUUGCCGAUAUCAUUCGAGAAACAAAUGACGGAAGCACGAACCGCCCCUUUUCUUGUAGGCGCUAA